AUGACGAAAAAAAAUAAAGCUAAAGAAAUCAAAUCGCGCUCCCAAGCGUUUAAGCAAACUUCGGGCAAGUCUAAAGCGACUUCCCAUACCGAUAGUGAUGAGUCACAAAUUCUCGGUGACUCGUCUUCUUCAGAGAGCUCUACAGACGUAUGUGAAAUGGAUGAUACAUCGGAAUCUGAUAGGGAGCCUCGACAACGAAAAAUGAAAACCAGAGCUAAGCUGAAGGCAAAAAAAGAGAGAAAGAUUUCUCUAGAAUCAGAAUCGGACUCGGCAUCAAUUUCAGCGACUUCUGAUGUAGGAGGGGCGGAAAAUCAUUCCAGCUCAUAUACACGGAAGCAUCUACUCAAGCUUCUUUACCAAAAUCAACAGCAACAAUUAGAAAAGAUAGCAGAAAUACUCGGCGGCCGUGAUAUUACAAAAAGCAGUAAAUCUUCACGAAAUACAAAGCUACUUGCCGCUUUGGAUGAAAACCCGCAGAGUCCAAAAAAGUCAAAGCGAAGCAAAAAAAACAUGAAUAAACGGGCCAGUAAACUUGACUUCAAGAGAGUAGAUCAGCUGUGGGACAGCUCAAUCCAUAAUUAUAAACUCACCGACACUGCCGAGGAUGAAGAAAACUCGGAGUAUGAUCAGUAUCUGUUCAAUGUCCGGCGAACAUUUGACUGGGAGGGUAAAUUCAAGACAACUCUAGUUGAUUUCAAGAGUAACUUCCUAAAAGAAGUUCUAAACGAAGUGAUGGACGGUGUCAAGGGCAUAAGUCUUGUGGAAGAAGCACCAAGUGUUGACCCAAAUUUACUCUUCCUUUACCUCGAAAGCCUGCGAAAGGUCUAUAAGGAUUUAAAAAUUGCUAAGCUUAAAAUGAAAAAUGGCAAGAAAAAAGCCCUCAAGCGUAUUCAAACAAAGCGUCAGCAUCUAAAUGUUCUUAUCAGGUACUUGGACACUGACUACGCAUCUGUAAAGAAAACUUUGUACCCAAUGUUAGAAUCGGGUCUAAUAACUUUCGAUCUUUUAUGGGCUAUCUACAAACCAAAUACCAUAGCGUACACUACUACCUAUGGCAGUAUUGAUGAGCCACGUGCGUUUAAGAUUGAAUUAGCCGAAAAGGAGGCAAGUUUGAUGAAAGGCGAGUGGUACAAUAUUGAGGGAAGGUACUUAGAGUACGACGGUAAAUCAUGGGGCAUGGGAAUUAUGAACUGCGACGUCCCAGCAUUCAAGGGCGCCCGUAAAAUAACCAGCCUCAACUGCUAUCCUUUAGAAUACCACAAAAAUGAAAAGAAGCUACGAGUAGAGCUCGUCGAGCGGGGUAAAAAAUUUGUUUCGUUACAAGGCGUCAAUUACAAAAGCCAUGAGGGUAUGGCUUACUACAAGAAACGAAAGCAGGUUGUUAAAGUAAAUAUUAACGGACGAAUUAUGAUUGACCCAGCUAUCCACCGUAGAGUCCUACCAAAUUACAAUGUCAGCACUGUCAGGCCAAAAACCCCAGAUCAUUCUGAGUCAGAUUCUGAAUCAUCUGAAUCUGACUGCUGCGGCUCCGAGGAAAGCUCUGAUAAUCAAAAUGAAGCUGAGUUUUCAGGAGAUCAAAAUGAGAGUGAGGAUGAGCUAAAAACAAAGUUUAAAGUUGUGAGCAAUGAUAAGAAUGACACAUGUCUAGUCGAAAUACCGGUUGAUGAUGACGCCCAAGAAAUCCCAAUAGAGAGACUCGAAGAGGUACCCAGUAAAAUUAAUAUUCAAAAUGAAGAAACUGGUAAACAUAAUAAGGAAGCCAGCGAUAUUCCUGUUUUUGAAGAUGAAGAGUACUUAAUCGCUUCACCUGUCGUGCUAGGAUUCGCUUUUGCAGAAAAGCUCUGGCUCGAAUUCACAGUUAGCGGCGUAAAGGAUAUCAGCUGGAACGACGGUGCAUAUGAUUCAUUGGUGCUUGAAGGUAACAGCAAAACUAUAAUCAAAGCACUUGUCGAGUCUCACAAAUAUCAUCCCGCAAAAAGUAUUGACGAUGUAAUCCAAGGCAAAGGCAAGGGGCUUGUUGCAGUGCUACAUGGUCCCCCAGGGACAGGGAAGACCCUGACAGCGGAAGGCAUAUCCGAACUACUCAAAAGCCCGCUAUACAUCGUGUCUGUGGGCGAGCUAGGCACUGACCCUCGUACACUCGAGACUGAGUUGCAGAAAAUUCUCGAUGUAGCGCAUGCGUGGGGUGCAGUUCUUUUACUAGACGAAGCAGACGUCUUUUUGGAAAAACGUAAUCUCCAAGACAUUCACCGUAAUGCGCUCGUUUCUAUAUUCUUGCGCCUUCUUGAAUACUUCCAAGGCAUCUUAUUUCUUACUACAAACCGCGUCGAAAUUUUUGAUGACGCUUUUCAGUCACGUAUUCAUAUUGCCUUGCGCUAUGGUGAAUUGGGGAUCAAGGCAAGACAGAGUGUCUUCCGAAUGUUUCUUGAGAAAGUAAGAGUAUUAGAAGGCGUUGAGACAACACCUUUUACCGAGGAUGAUAUAAAUUCGCUAGGUCGACAUAAUCUUAAUGGCCGUCAGAUUAAAAAUACGGUUCGCACCGCACAAGCACUUGCUGUUCAAGAUAAAGAACCAUUGAACAUGUCGCACAUUAAGAAAGUACUUGAUAUUGCUAACGCGUUCGAUCGUGAUUUAAAAGGUGGCGCCGGUUUCGAGGAUGCAAUGAGAGGCUACUUUUAA